UGAAAAUGUUUUGUUUCUAUCGGUCACACACUUCAGAGAAGGCAAUGGCUGUGAAGCAUUUUUCGUUUUUCAAAGUUUUCGUGUUUUUACUUUUGAUAUUUGUUUACUUAAGUGAAGGAAGAGUGAAACAGCCAAGACAUGUUGCAUCAGAUGAGAUCAACGAAAUUGGAAACCGAUCAGCUGUACCAACUUCUCAAACGGCUUCUCUCUCGGAAUAUGUUAGUUCUGGUGUAAGCACAGUCAAGCGAAUGAUUGACGCACUACCUAGUCCGUACCAAGUCAUACAUUACGGAAAACAAGCGUUAAUCGGAGUCCCCGAAGAAAUGGCAUCGGAAGCAAGACGAUUUUUGUGUUCCAAGGUUGUAAAAUUGAACGAUAUAGUCAAGGAAUACCAUCCAAAAGCGGACGAUUUGAAUUUUGAGUAUCUUACAUACGAUUCGGACAAUGUAACAAUUGCAUUGAGCGACACUGAAUAUUUGUUUAAUCAUCCGAAGUUUCGUAUGAACUGGAAUGUGGUUCUAUUUGUAACCGGUUGGAAUGUGAAUGCAUCAAAUGAAACGGUUACAGCAAUGUACGAUGGUUACAGAUGCCGUGGAGGAUAUAACUUUUUGGUCUUGGACACUUCCAAAUUUCUUGAUUCAAUGUACGCUUGGUCAGAAUUUAGUGCCGAACCGAUUGGCGAAAUAGUUGGUGAUGCGAUUAAGAAUCUGACUCGAUUCGUACCUUAUGAAAGAAUUCAUUUGAUCGGAGAAGGUAUCGGUGCUCACAUUGCUGGAACAGCAGGACGUUACUACACCAAAAUGACGGGAAACGCACUUCCUCGAAUAACUGGACUCGAUCCAUCUAGACCAUGCUUUAGUGAAGAUGAUCGACCGAACGGCCUGCAGCGAGGUGAUGCGCUGUUCGUUGAUAUUAUUCACUCAAACGUAGCGAUGAUGUGGAGACUAGACCCUAUUGGAGAUGCUGAUUUUUAUCCCAAUGGUCCGAGUAUAAUCCAACACGGUUGCUGGUCUACUUCUUGCACUAGAAAUCAAGCUUAUCAAUUUUACGUUAAGACGAUUUAUCCCGGAAUGGAAUAUUCGUUCAAUGCAACAAAAUGUGAGUCUUUUCGAUUAUUUCGAACGGGAACUUGUAACGAUGCAUCGACUCCAAUACCGUUGGGAUUUUCGACGCCUCAUUGGGCUAGAGGAAAGUUCUUUUUGACAUCAUUGAUGUUACCUGACUUUCGGGUACCAUCCAAAAAACAAUGCAUCGAAAGCUAAAUACAAAUUGUGAUUCAAUUCGGAGAAAUUUGUACUUUCAGAUUUAGAAGCAUCUUUAUUGAAUAACUGUGCUUUACGCAAACUUAAAUCUGAAAAUUUUCUUGUUAUUAAAUCUGUUACGGAUGUU